UGACAUUUUGAAGUUGCUUCUCCGGGGUGUUUGAACAGGAAGGCGGACAUGUUGGUCAGGCUGUGGGAGAAAAUCGGGCAUAGUCUGCUGUUUUUUUCCGAAAACUAACGCACAGAAAAACCCGAAGUGUGUGUCUUCAAACCGAGAGCUGAGGCCGUUUGGACGGGAAACAGUCGACAGACAAUGACAGAGCACGGGCUGCAGCGGAAGGACUGCCGUUAAACGCUCUAACGACUCGGUGUUUAAACUGAUCGAAAUUUGGAAGAAGCAGAAGUUUUUUUCCCACCACUUCUACUUUUGAGCUGUCAGAUUCUAUUGUCGUUUUCUGCAAGGGCCUGGCACAGAUAUAGGGACGGGCCUGGACUAACCUACCCACAAACUGUGCUUUUUGAAAGAGACAUUACAUUUCAGUUUUAAUUGCCUUUUGUUCGGAUGCACCAACAUUUUAAGCCCUUAUCCUCAGUGGCAUCCUGCGGAGGCUGACUAAUCUGUCGGCGCAUUUAUCUUUUGCCACUGAAGUUGUUUGUCACUCAAACUGGGAAAAUAUCUUUCGACUCUGAAAAUGUGGCUUUUGUACAUUCAGCGCAACCUUAAACGUUUCAUCGUCUGUGAAAGCUCGAGGAGAACGAUGUAUUUCCUCUGAAGUGCGGUGUGAAGUUUACACGAAGAAAGGAACAUUUGGCUAGCUAGCUACCGCUGGCUGCUAAAGCUAGCUAGCCAGCCUCCUGCCUCGCCAGUGAGCUGUUUUUGUUCACAACUCACCAUUGGGACUGGGUUUAACAGCAAAAAUGACUGCUAGGGAAAGUAUGGAGGCCCGAUUUGAAAAAAUCGAUGCCAUGUUGAAGGACCCAAAGUCAGAAGUAAACACGGAUUGUCUUCUGGAUGGCUUGGACGCACUGGUGUAUGACCUUGACUUCCCUGCCCUGAGGAAAAACAAGAGCAUUGACAACUUCUUGAAUAGAUACAAGGAAACCAUUAGUAAAAUUCGUGAUCUACGCAUGAAAGCGGAGGACUAUGAGGUGGUUAAAGUUAUUGGGAGGGGAGCAUUUGGAGAGGUGCAAUUGGUAAGACAUAGAGCCACAUGCAAAGUAUACGCCAUGAAGCUGCUGAGCAAGUUUGAGAUGAUCAAGAGGUCGGACUCUGCUUUCUUUUGGGAGGAGAGGGACAUCAUGGCUUUUGCCAAUAGCUCAUGGGUGGUGCAGCUCUUUUUUGCAUUCCAAGAUGACCGCUACCUCUACAUGGUGAUGGAAUACAUGCCUGGUGGCGACUUGGUAAACUUGAUGAGCAACUAUGAUGUCCCAGAGAAGUGGGCCCGCUUUUACACAGCUGAGGUAGUGCUGGCCUUGGACGGAAUCCAUGCCAUGGGCUUUAUUCACAGGGACGUGAAGCCUGAUAACAUGUUGCUAGACAAAGCAGGCCACUUAAAAUUGGCAGAUUUUGGGACCUGCAUGAAAAUGAACAAGGAUGGUAUGGUACGAUGUGACACAGCAGUGGGAACUCCAGACUACAUUUCGCCAGAGGUACUAAAAUCCCAAGGAGGCGAUGGUUAUUAUGGCAGAGAGUGUGACUGGUGGUCAGUGGGAGUAUUCUUGUAUGAAAUGCUAGUUGGCGACACUCCUUUCUAUGCAGACUCCCUGGUGGGGACCUACAGCAAAAUCAUGAACCACAAGAAUGCCCUGACCUUCCCUGACGACAGUGACAUCUCCAAUGAUGCCAAGAAUCUCAUCUGUGCUUUCCUGACUGACAGGGAAGUUCGACUCGGCCGUAACGGUGUAGAUGAAAUCAAGAGGCAUCCUUUCUUCAAGAAUGACCAAUGGACAUGGGAGAACAUCAGAGAGACGGCUGCCCCAGUCGUGCCUGAAUUGAGCAGUGACAUUGACACCAGUAACUUUGAUGACAUCGAGGAGGAUCGGGGGGAGGAAGAGACCUUCCCUAUACCAAAGGCCUUUGUGGGCAACCAGCUCCCCUUCGUAGGCUUCACUUAUUACAGCAAUCAGCACCUUAUGCGCAAGUCCAGCGCCUCCACGAAGACCAGUGACAAACGUAGCAGCUCUGCUAAAGAAGACAAGAGUCAUCUGGAGAACCUGCAGAAAAGGAUCUACCAGCUGGAGGAGCAGCUCCACAGUGAGAUGCAGCUGAAGGAUGAGCUGGAACAGAAAUGCAGGACAUCAAACACCAAGAUCGACAAGAUCAUGAAAGAACUGGAUGAAGAGGCAAACCUGAGGAAGAGUGCAGAGGCAGGAGUGUCUCUGCUGGAGAAGGACAAGAUCAUGCUGCAGCACCGGUUCACCGAGUACCAAAGAAAAGCUGAUCAGGAGGCAGAGAAGAGACGCAAUCUGGAGAAUGAAGUGUCAACUUUAAAGGAGCAACUUGAAGACAUGAGGAAGAUCAGCCAGAACUCUCAGGCCUCAAAUGACAAAAUCAUCCAGCUCCAGAAUCAGCUGGAAGAGGCCAACGACCUCCUGCGCGCAGAGUCGGACACAGCAGCGAGACUGCGGAAGAGCCACACUGAGAUGGCCAAGUCGAUGAGCCAGUUGGAGAGCUUGAACCGCGAGCUGCAGGAGAGGAGCCGUUCGGUGGACGGAGAGAAGGCCCAGCUGGAAAAGGAGCUUCUGCUUCUUCAGAGCACCCUGGACUCGGAGAGGAGGAACUACAGCCUGGGGUCCGAGGAGAUCAGGGAGCUGCAAGCGAGGAUGUCAGGGCUGCAGGAGGACAACAAAAGCUUGAAGCUCAGCCUCUCCAAAGUCGAGGCAGAACGCAAACAGGCCCAGGAGAGGAGCAAUAAUCUGGAGAAGGAAAAGAACAACCUGGAGAUCGACCUGAACUACAAACUGAAGACGUUGCAGCAGCGUCUGGAGCAGGAGCAGACUGAGCACAGGGUGACACGGGCUCAGCUCACUGACAAAUAUGAAUCCAUUGAAGAAGCCAAAUCAGCUGCCAUGACUGCGGUUCAGCAGAAGAUGUCUGAGGAGAAUGGAGCACGGAUGCGAGCGGAGAGCCGGGUAGUGGAGGUUGAGAAGCAGUGCUCCAUGUUAGAAUUUGAUCUUAAGCAGUCGGUGCAGAAGAUGGAGCAGCUGAUGAAACAAAAAGAAAGGCUAGAAGACGAGGUCAAGAGUCUGCGGAUACAGGGAGAACAGGAGUCUAGCAAGCGCUCGGUGGCUCAGAGCGACCUGAAGAGCCGCACACAGGAGGUGGACCGCCUUAGGUGUACAGAGAAGCAGCUCAAGCAGGAGAUCAACACAGCACUAGAGAGUAAACGCUCGCUUGAGUUCCAGCUGGCACAGCUGACCAAGCAAUACAGAGGCAACGAGGGACAGAUGAGGGAACUUCAGGACCAGCUUGAGGCCGAACAGUAUUUUUCUACGCUUUACAAAACUCAGGUCAAGGAACUUAAAGAAGAGAUUGAGGAAAGGAACCGGCAGGUACAGGAUGCUCAUAAAAAGGUGCAGGAGUUGUGCAGUGAAAGGGACUCUCUGUCGGCCCAGCUGGAUCUGACAGUGACGAAGGCCGAGUCAGAGCAGCUUGCCCGGGCACUUCAGGAGGAGCAGUACUUUGAGCUCAGCCAGGAGAACAAGAAGACGGUGACUAGACAUAAGCAGGAGAUUGGGGAGAAGGAGGCUACUAUUGCACGGCUUGAGGAAUCUAACAAAACACUGACCAAAGAUGUGGAGAACCUCAGCAAAGAAAAGGCGGAGUUGAAUGAGAAGCUGAAUGCUCAGGAAGGAGAGUAUGCAGCUCAGAAGGAAGAGAUUGCAAAUACAAUCAAGGCCAACUACGAGAAGGUCCUCAAUACAGAGCGCACGCUGAAGACUCAGGCGGUGAACAAGCUGGCAGAAAUCAUGAACCGCAAGGACAUGAAGCUUGACCAGAAGAAGAAGGGCAGCACCGCCGACCUGCGGAAGAAGGAGAAGGAGAACCGCAAGCUUCAGCUUGAACUUAACCAGGAGAAGGAGAAGUUUAACCACAUGGCCAUCAAGUACCAGAAGGAGUUGAGCGAGAUGCAGGCGCAACUGGCAGAGGAAUGCACAUAUCGCAAUGAGCUGCAAAUGCAGCUGGACAGCAAGGAGAGCGACAUCGAGCAGCUCCGGGAGAAACUGAACGACCUGCAACAGCGCAUGGAUAACUCAAGCGUCACCAGUUUGCAGACGGAUGAGACAGACAGCAACCUCGCAGAAUCCAGACUGGAGGGUUGGCUGUCCAUUCCUAACCGUGCUAAUAUCAAACGAUAUGGAUGGAAGAAGCAGUAUGUGGUGGUGAGCAGUAAGAAGAUCCUGUUCUACAAUGACGAGCAGGAUAAGGAACAGUCCAACCCUUCCAUGGUACUAGAUAUCGACAAAUUGUUUCACGUGAGACCAGUCACACAAGGAGACGUGUACCGAGCUGAGACAGAAGAGAUUCCAAGGAUAUUCCAGAUUCUGUAUGCCAACGAGGGGGAGUGCAGGAAGGAGGCGGACAUGGAGACGGUCCCUCAGGGCGACAAGACCAACUGUCUCCCACACAAAGGCCACGAGUUCAUCCCCACGCUAUAUCACUUCCCUUCCAACUGCGAGGCCUGUGCCAAGCCUCUGUGGCACGUCUUCAAGCCACCUCCAGCCCUGGAGUGUCGCCGCUGCCACGUCAAGUGCCACAAGGACCACCUCGACAAAAAGGAGGACGUUAUUGCUCCUUGCAAAGUAAACUACGAUGUGACCUCUGCCCGGGACAUGCUCCUGCUGGCCCUGACUCAAGAUGAGCAGAAGAAAUGGAUCGGCCACCUUGGAAAGAAGAUCCCCAAGACUCCACCAUCCACAUUUUCCAGAGCCUCACCUCGUUCUAUGUCCACUCGCUCUGGACCAAACCAAUCCUUCCGCAAGAACCCUAAAAGCAAUACAGGAAAGCUGAGCAGAGCGCAGUCCAGCCUCCAAGCAGCAGACACAACAUCCAGCACUUGUUGACAGGAACUUCUUCAGAAAGUGUUGAUGUGCUAUUUUUUUUUUUUAUAUAUAUAGACUUUUCUCUUUAGCUUCAAACUCGUCUAUUUAUUGUUACUGGGUGUUUCUAACACGAGACACUUCCUGGUUGGUUGUUUGACUCGGGGCUCUUUCCAGUUGACACUUGGGAUUUUUCUAAUUGGCACUAAUGUGGGUUCAGUAACUAACUUACAGACUUACUUUACAACUCUCGUCAGGAUUGUCCAUGUAAAGGAUUUACAUUUCUUGUCAAACAUGAUGCGAAGGUGUUAAUGGUGCUGCAGUGUCUGUAAACCAGCUUUCCUGUUAUGUUACUAACCAAAAGUAAAAGGUAUUGUCUUUCUUUUACUGGA